CCCAGGGUUUUUUUUUGUAUUUGGUAGCCUUUAUCAAAAUUAAACGAUAAGUUCUUGUCUGAUCGGGUUUCGGGCGCACAUCAGACGAGAACUUAUCGCAUUUGUGGUACUGAAAAUUAUCCUCGCUGGCCCUGAAUGCCCAGGAAUUGCCCUCUUCAGGCCCGAACCGCUCCUGUGCGCAUGUCGAGCGACCUACACACGAAAAGCACUAAACAGGCCAGAAUCCGAAUCCGAAUGCGAACACGAGCACACGACUCACCCAUAUACACACGCGCACACACAUAUAGGCAUAGGCACUGACUGCUGCACCACCGACCGCCGAGGAGUUGGCGCGGUUCUCGGUGGUUAGUUGAGCGUUUGGUGGCACUGCGAGCGGACGGAGAGCGAUUCGAAAAGGCAGAAAAGCAGAAUAGCAGACAAGCUAAAUAGCGGAAAAGCGGAAAAGCUGGCCACUGCGACAAAGGUUAGGCAGCAGCGACAAACACAAAACGACAACAAAGGGAAAACGCAUCUAAGCUGGCGGAGAGAUCCGAAAUAAAUACAAUCAAAAGGAAAAACAGAAACAAAAACAAAAACCAGCCCAGACCAACGCACUUUGGUUUCUUUGUUACGAUCUUUUUAACAUCGAAGCACAUCGAAGUCAAAAAAGUCUUAAAUUAGUGCGCAAUAUUUAACGGAAAAAACAAGAAACACAACGAACGCGAAACGUGCGCAAUAAUUUGUUUAAAAUCAAUGAAGACUGCAACUGCGCAAAACUGAAAAAUUGCAUCAUAGCCAACACAGAACGGGCCAGGGAGAAGUCUAUGAGCGAGGAAAAGUGGAAAAUCAAUAGGGGGCAAAAUAAGUAAACCCCAAAUAAAUAUAGGGGAUCCAAAACCAAUCCCACAUAUAGUAAGUAAUCAACGAAAGUGCAUUCGCUAUGCCUUCCCUUUUGGAGGCGCUGGAGCGCAAGUACUUCGCAGAAUGCGAGUUUGAGAAUGCCCACCAACCGGAACUCCACAAACGAAGCGACCUGCCCAAUGACUUUACGGUCACCAAGUGCGGCGGGCGCAUGGAAUUCUCCAUCUUCAUACCCCGCCUAUCCCCGCUGACCAGUGUGCCAGCCUUACUGGUCCUCAACGACUGCGACAUCGAUUCGGCCGGGGACUUCGACAGCAUCCGGGAGAAGUGCCAACGGGUGAGGGAACUGGAUCUGGCCCAGAACAAGCUGAGCGACUGGUCGGAGGUCUUCAGCAUACUGGAGCACAUGCCGCGCAUCGAGUUCCUCAACCUGAGCAAGAACCAGCUGGCCAGUCCGAUCGGCUCGUUGCCCACGGCUCCCACGAUCAAUCUGAAGAGCCUGGUGCUGAACGGCACCUACUUGGACUGGGCUUGCGUGGAUGCCCUGCUGAAGAAUCUGCCCGUGCUCCAGGAACUGCAUCUCAGCCUGAACAACUACAGGCAGGUGUUGAUCGAUGCCGAGGAGGCGGAGCAGCGGCUGCAGGAAACGGAAACGCCAGAGGAAACCGAGCGGCGAAUCACCAAAGCCCAUCCUGCUCUAAAGACUCUGCAUUUCACCGGCAAUCCCGUCGAGCACUGGCAGGAGAUCUGUCGGCUGGGCCGACUGUUUCCCAACCUCGAGGCCCUCGUUCUGGCAGACUGUCCCAUAAAAUCGCUGCAGGCCGAGGAGAGUAGCGAGACCCAUAGGUACUUCCCCAGCCUGAGGCUAUUGAACUUGAGUUCCGCCCAACUGGAUAGCUGGGCAGCCAUCGAUGAGCUGGCCAAGUUUGGCGAGCUACGCAAUCUCCGUGUAAAACACUGGCCACUCUGGGAAAGUCUGGAGUGCACGGAGCACGAGAGGAGGCAGCUCCUGAUAGCCCGGUUGCCUAAUGUGGAGAUGCUCAACGGAGGCGGCAAGAUCAGCAACGACGAGCGCGUGGACUCGGAGCGUGCUUUUGUCAGAUAUUAUAUGGACAAACCGGAGGAUGAGCGACCUGCGCGCUACGAAGAGCUCUUGCGGAUCCAUGGCAAACUGGAUCCCUUGGUCAAUGUGAGCCUGAAACCGGACAAACGGGUUAAGGUCCUGUUCACCUACAACGACGUGAGCGAGAGUCGGUUCGUGGACAUCUAUCUGACCGUCAACGAUUUGAAGGUGAAGCUGGAGAAGCUGGUGGGUCUGGCGCCAAACAAGAUGCGCCUCUACUACCUGGAUCAGGACUACAAGGAGUUCGGGCCGGAGGAGAUGCGGUUCCCCAACAAACAGUUGUACAGCUACAACAUCCAGUCGGGCGACGAGAUCAUCAUCGAUGCCAAGAAGUGAGGCGCGAGGAGAUGGGCUACAUGCUUCCGGAUCUGGAAAGGAUUACCAUUAACCCGAACCGCGCUUCGUCCCCGCCUGGUGCUACAACUUGUGAUCUUGUACACGAAUCAUUUACAUAUACUUAACGUACUUUACUCUACUGAUAGUGCCGUUCUGUUCUCCCCGACGAACAACUGUGUACAUACGUUCUGAAAAUGGCCAAGCGAGCAUCACUGCGCACCCACAUCGUAUAUUUUAAUUACUGCCUAACCUAAGCCACACACAAAAUAGAAAUACAAACCACAACAAAAAAUAAAAAAAAAAAACAAAACAAAAUCCAAGCAAGAAUGCAUUAAACAAUUUUAAAAUUUAA